CGGGGGGAUCCCGCAGCUCUUUUGGGAUUUUUGGGAUAUUUUUUCGGUGGAAUCCCGGCUGGGAUUGUCCCCAUUCCCCACCCCAGGAUUUAAAUCUGCCCCGGGGGAGAUCCCGGUGGGAUUUUGGGGAGGAAUUCCUGCCUGGGAUGGAUUUCCCGGAGCAGCCGUGGCCGUGCCGUGCCUGGCAGUGUCCGGGCUGGGGACAGUGCUGGGGACAGGGCUGGGGACAGCGCUGGAAUCGCGGCCACUUCGGGUCCUUCUGCUGCCGUUCCACGGCUCUGUGACUGUCCCCAAGCGCUCUGUGACGUCAGCCCCGCGCGGGAGGGGACAGCAGGGGACAGCAGGGGACACGGCGGGUGCUGGCCCGCUGUCCCCACCAUGGCUCCGCUGUGGCUCCUUGUCCUGCUGGCCCUGGCCGAGCCCUCCUGGGCCAUCUGGGACACCUGCGACGGUGCCUGCGGGCUCCAGCCCAUAGCCGAGGAGUUCGGGAGCGGCUCCGGGGCCGCGCCCGGGGCCUGGCCGGGGCUCGCCAGCAUCCAGGACCCGCUCCGGGCCGGCAGCGGCCACGUGUGCGGCGGGACCCUGGUCAGCCCCGGCUGGGUGCUCACGGCAGCGCGCUGCGUGCUCCGAGCCAGGAACGUCAGCUCGUGGCGGGUGGUGCUGGGGGCCUGGGACCUGAGCGACCCCGGGCCCGAGGUGCAGGUGCGGCAGGUGCGGCGGCUGCGGGCGCACCGGGGGCUGGGAGUGGCGCUGCUGCAGCUGGAGCGGCCCGUGCAGUGCAGCGACUUCGUGCAGCUCGGCUGCGUCACCGCGGCCAGGCCGAGCCAGGGGCUCCAGCCCUGCUACAUCGCGGGAUGGGGCGCCAUGGCCGGCACAGGUGAGCAAAGGUGGGGCUGGGCGGGCACAGGUGGGUGCCAGGUGUACCCAGGUGUGUCCCAGCUGUGCCCCAGCCGUGCCCAGGUGCGGACUCUCACGGCCACGCCCCCAGGUGUGUCGAAGGCCACGCGGGAGGUGCUGCGGGAGGCGCAGGUGCGGCUGCUCCAGUCCGAGCGCUGUAACGGCACCGAGGCCGCGCCUUCCUCCCAGGUGUGCGCGGAGCGCCUGGGGAGAGGCUCCGGCCCCGGCACCUGCCAGGGGGACACCGGGGGUCCCCUCGUGUGCCGGGACCGCAGCUCCGAGCGCUUCUGGCUCGUGGGUGUGACCAGCGCUGCCCGCGGCUGCUUCUUCACCCCCGCCUGGGGAUUCAGCGAGUGGAUCCGGCACACCCUGGGGGGCUCCCCCGCCACCCCCGCCACCCCCGCGCCCCCCGCCACCCCCGCGCCCUCCGCCACCCCCGGGAGCCCCGCGACCCCCGGGAGCCCCGAGCAGGAGGCGCUGACGCCGGUGCUGCGGAAAUUCUUCGAGGUGAUGCGGGUCCUGCUGCGCUUCCUGCGGCACCCGCCGGGCUGA